CUGAUUAUUAUUUAAAUUUACCGCCCUCUUCGAGUCGGGUGAACUGCAGGGUGCAUGAGGCCACCUGCGCUGAAGCCAUUAGGGCGUUGGCCGAAGUCAACACCUAGCUCGUGGUUAGACCAAGUCUCUCUCUUUUUUCGGUGUCGCCGUUUUCAUUUGCCAGACUAAAGUGUUCUCCCUCUUAGCUAAAGAUAAAGAAAAACUGUCGUUAACAUGCAUACAUCUCUUCGCUCAAAACGAUGGCUGAGAAAUACGACACUCAGACGGUGUGAGGCUCUGUCCAGUUACUACAGGUCGCGACAGGUCGAGGUAUUUCUUCCCGGAAUGCUGUGGCUUUGCGGCUCCUUUGAGAGGUUUUUGACGGCAAGAUCGUUUAGCCGUCUUGCUCUUGGAAUGCUCCUUUUAGUCACGUUUGCAAGUGUCUGUUUGUGGUUGAAAAGCGCACCAAUCGAUGUGAACGAAGGGGAACUGCCGGACACCCUAGAUCUUGUUACGAGAUCGGUGGCCGAGGCCCCGAAGAGUCUGCCUCAUGACAAUUCGAUGGCUGCCACUGCUCCGUUAUUUACUGACCCGUCAUUUACGGCCAAGGUGCGACUUUUGGCGAAGUCACUGCUCUUGCGGAAAAUUGUCCUAACCACAACUAACUCGGGAUUCCUGGACUUCACCGAAAACAUGCUGAUGAGCAUCCAGCAAGUUGGCAUCCAUCCAGAAGUGGUCGUGAUAGCCGAGGAUGCAAUGGCUUACGAGGUCCUGCUCAACCACAGCUACGGUCUUCACGUCAUGAAGCCACCGAAUGCCGUGGACACCCCCAAAGAGGCUCUGAACUACGGCACAGCCAACUACACCAAACUUGUCAAUCGCAGGCCGAGCUACGUGCUGGAGUUUAUCCAACAGGGUUUCGAGGUGUUUUUCUGCGACUCGGACACCUUUUGGUUCAACGACCCCUUUCCUUAUUUCAGCGGCGACCAGUACGAUGUCGCGUUCAUGAGGGAUUAUCGUCGAGUUUUCAACGCCGGGGUUGGUUUCUACCGGCCGACCAACCGGACUGAGUACUUCCUUCGACUAUGGGUCUGGGUCCUAGAGACCCAGCCCAAGGUGCGGUAUGACCAGGAUGUCCUGAACUACAUCACCUCGUCCAAGAUAAGUCCUGAUCUCAAGGUGAGGUCUCUGAGUUUUCAUAGUUUCCCGACUUGCAAGACAUUCUGCGAUUGGGACAACAGAGUGUGCAAAAAAGUCACCCGCAAAACGGCAGUUUUUCAUGCAGCAUUUAUUCCUGAUCAUGCGAACAAAAAGUAUGUUUUUGAAAACUGCAAGCUGUGGCUAGUAAACAAAUAGUCUAAUUUCAAAACAAAAUUUGGCACAGCAUCGCCCUCAGAUUUUAGUUUUCAGCAGUUUCGUGUACAGAAGUUGAAAUGGGUUCAACUUUUGCGAAUUUGUAAAGGCCGAUUCAUUUUGUUGCUUAUACGGAAGCAUAUAAGGGCAACUUGCAAACCUUUUGUCGAGUAACUAUCUCGCCGCGGCGACUUACUAUCUCGCUGCGGCGAAUUAAAUUGUUGAAUGUCUACCUUGCCGCGGCGAGUUAUACGAUCUUACCGCGGCGUCAAAUUGAUAUCCCGCCGCAGUGAAUAUUUCAAUAUAGUUUCAUAAGUCCUAUUCAUCACUUGUAUCGUUUUCAAAUGUAUCUUUAGGGUGAAAUGCAGUGAGAUUUGGUUUUAGAUUGCUAAUUGGA